CGGACCACCCUCUCUCUGUCUCUCUCUGACUCUCUCUCUCUCCCGAGCAGCGACCGGAAAAAAGCUCGGAACCGGCGACCGCCGCCCACCGGACCCCGGCUACCGGCGCCCCCCGCUCCCCGCACCGCAAUGCAAACCCUAGCGUACUCCCGGAGCCUGGUCCCGGCGAGCCGCCGGCUGUCCCCGGCGCCGGCCCCCGGCGCGCGCGGCCGCGGCUGGGGCUCGUGCUCGACGCCGGGCUUCCGCACGUUCAAGUGCCUGUCUAUUUCGAGUCCUCCGUUAGCUGAUGAUGCGGUGAAGUUUAAGGAAGCUUCCAAAGACGGAAAUCUUAUUCCUCUUCAUCGGUGCAUCUUCUCGGACCAGCUUACUCCGGUCAUUGCGUAUAGGUGUUUGGUUAAGGAAGAUGAUCGGGAGGCGCCGAGCUUUCUCUACGAGUCGGUUGAGCCUGGCUUUCGGAGUUCAACUGUGGGACGGUAUAGCGUUGUUGGAGCCCAGCCAGCGAUCGAAAUUGUUGCUAAAGAAAAUAAGGUAACCAUUGUCGACCAUGAAAGGGGGCAUCUCACCGAGGAGUUGGUAGAUGAUCCAAUGACGAUUCCCAGGAGAAUCUCUGAAACAUGGAAACCUCAACUCAUUGAUGACCUUCCGGAUGCAUUUUGUGGUGGCUGGGUUGGUUAUUUUUCGUAUGAUACUGUUCGCUACGUGGAGAAGAAAAAGCUGGCAUUCUCCUCGGCGCCACAAGAUGAUAGAAACUUAGCUGACAUUCACCUGGGCCUCUAUGAUGAUGUCAUUGUGUUUGAUCAUGUAGAGAAGAAAGCAUAUGCAAUUCACUGGGUUCGGCUUGAUCAACACUCUUCAGUUGAGAAUGCUUACAAUGAUGGCAUGAGACGUUUGGAGUUGUUGGUGAGCAGAGUUCAGGAUAUCACCCCGCCUAGGCUAUCUCCAGGUUCUGUGGAUUUAAACACUAACCAUUUCGGUCCUGCUUUAAACAAGUCAAACAUGACUAGCGAAGCAUAUAAGGAGGCAGUGCUCCAGGCAAAAGAACACAUUCUAGCUGGAGAUAUUUUCCAAAUUGUACUAAGUCAACGUUUUGAACGCCGCACAUUUGCGGACCCAUUCGAAGUGUACAGGGCACUGAGAGUUGUGAAUCCAAGUCCAUAUAUGACGUAUUUGCAAGCUAGAGGGUGUAUUAUGGUUGCCUCAAGUCCUGAAAUUCUUACUCGCGUAAAACAGAAGAAGGUUGUGAAUCGCCCCUUAGCUGGAACUGUGAGAAGAGGAAAGACGCCUGAAGAAGAUGAGAUCUUAAAAGUCCAGCUGCUAAAUGAUGCAAAGCAACGGGCAGAACACAUCAUGCUGGUUGAUUUGGGCCGAAAUGACGUUGGCAAGGUUUCAAAAUAUGGUUCAGUGAAGGUGGAAAGGCUAAUGGAUGUGGAACGGUACUCUCAUGUAAUGCAUAUCAGCUCCACGGUGACAGGUGAAUUAGAUGAUCAGCUCACUUGUUGGGAUGCCUUACAAUCUGCGUUACCUGUUGGAACUGUCAGUGGAGCACCCAAGGUGAAGGCAAUGGAACUGAUCGAUCAGUUGGAGGUAACACGGCGCGGGCCAUACAGCGGCGGAUUCGGGGGCAUCUCCUUUUUGGGAGACAUGGACAUCGCACUUGCUCUCAGGACGAUCGUGUUCCCGACAGGAAUGCGUUACGACACCAUGUAUUCGUACAAGGAUGCCAACAAGAGGAGGGAAUGGAUUGCUUACCUCCAAGCCGGCGCCGGCAUCGUCGCCGACAGUCACCCCGACGACGAGCACCAGGAGUGCCAGAACAAAGCCGCCGGCCUCGCCCGGGCCAUCGACUUGGCCGAAUCCGCCUUCGUCAACAAAUGACAUGAUCUUCCCGAAGAAAAAUCGCAGUGCCGGUGUUUGCUUGUUUGGCCUCCGGACAUAGGCGGAGCUUAGAUCGGACUUUGAUGUAGUAGUUUGGCAAUUCAACAUCUGCGCAAUAAGGAAACAUUCUUCUUCUGUUCCUAUUUUAAA